AUGUCCUUCGGAAACUUCCUCGCCGACGCAGUGAAGAAACACUUCGACGACGACGAUGACGACAAAGACAACCUCAACCCGGCCGUCUCGCACGCCGCCGCGCACUCGUCCUCAUCCGAAGACUCCUCGCUCUUCUCCACGGCGCUGAAGUUCGUCAAGGAGCGCAAAUCCGCCUACGACAACGACAACGACGUCGACGAGGAGCACGUCGUCAACGCGCACAAGCGGUACGAGGAGGGCGGGAACACGAUGGACUCGAGGGAUUUGGGCGCCGGUGCGGCGCUGCAGGCUCUCAAACUGUUUAAUCAGGGGUCUGGAGAGCAGACGGGCGGGGGGAAGGAUAAGAAUGCGUUUAUUGGGCUGGCCAUGGCGCAGGCUGGGAGGAUGUGGGAGGAGAAGGCAGGGAAGGGGGAGGCGUCCGGCGACAAGCAGUCUGCUGUCAACUCCGCUGCCGAGAUGGCGUUCAAGAUGUACCUGAAGAGUCAGAUGAGUGGUAGUGAGGGGACCGGUGGCCCGAGUGGGAUUAUGAGCCUUGCCAGCAAGUUCUUGAAGUGA